AUGGCAAACUCGAUCACAAACUCGAGAUUUGAGCCAAACUGCGAAGAACAGCCUUAUGGAGUACUGUCUCAAUACGCCCCUUGUGAUGAAAUACCAACUUGCGGCCACAUUUACUGCUACGAGGAUGUGAAAUGUUUGCUUGCCGAAACCACAGCCCCGAUCCUCACCGGCUGCCAAUCUGCUACCGGCAAAGACUUAUACUGCGUCUGCCCACUUUCGCGAUCUGAGGUCGCCCCGCCAGUCCUUGAGGCCGCCCUAAAGCAUUUUCUCAGUAUGGCCGUUGACACGAAUUAUACAAGGACAGAUUUGGCGAAGCAAGAGCUUCUUACCAGCAAUCGUCUAAACGCCGCUAUAGGAAACUUCUCGGAUGCUCCAGCCGCGGAACCGACAGUUGCUACCACUUUAAUCACCUCAACUGUCGAAGCCGUCACUGAACAUUCUGGCGGUCUGGGUGGCGGGGCAAUUGCCGGGAUUGUUAUUGGAGUUCUGGUACUCCUCGCCCUCAUCGCCAUCGGCAUCUUUAUCGGCAUGCGCUACAUGAAGGACAAGCGGAAAAACCACGGCGAAUACCGGCCACAAUGGGAAGAGGAACACCACGCCAAGGACCUGCCCCACAUCCCGCCCCCGAAUAUCGAGGGUUUGAUC